CACAGCAGCUCUAUUCGUCUUUCUACAACAGCGACCUCAGCACUUAUUCACUAUGAAGUUGACCACUCUGCUUACCAGUGCUCUCUGCCUGGUGCCUAUCGUGUUGGCGGAUACGUACAAGAUUACAUACAACCCCGUCUACGACAACGCAGACACUUCCCUCAACGACACGGCCUGCUCUAACGGCGUGAAUGGCCUCAUCACUAAGGGGUACACCACCCUCGGAUCCCUUCCCGAUUUCCCUUACAUCGGAGGAUCCUUCGCGGUUCCGCACUGGAACUCCACUGGUUGCGGAACAUGCUGGGAGCUGAGCUAUAACGGAACCAGCAUCAACGUCGCCGCUGUCGACACGGCGGGAGUGGGCUUCGACAUAUCGCUCGACGCUUACAAUGUCCUCACAGACGGGCAAGGUGUAGCGGCCGGCUUUGUCUUCGCCACUGUUGCCGAGGUGGACGCGUCGGUUUGCGGAUUGUAAUUUAGUUCGUACCAUUCGAGGUCUGAGGACGAGCAAGUUGCCAAGUGGUAUGUCUGUGUGGCGAGCAGAAUUGAACUUUGGACUAUGGAGAUGUAGGAAUAGUAGUAGGAGAGCAUUUUAUCGAAGUUGAGAUUGUGCAUAGGAGUUUCAAUGCAGUUGUGAGAUAUAUCGCGGCUCCGUCAGACCGCCAGCAUU